ACUCAUGCCUUUUCGACUUUUCGACUUUUGCAAUGAUAUAUUCCCCGCAGUCUUACCGACGAUAGUACACAACAAAGACAGUCGCGUGCGACCCUCGGAGAAGUGGAAAAUCUAAAUAUUACCAUAGCCCCGUAUCGGCAUCAAAUUUAGACCACGGCAAACAGAAGAUAGUAGUGGCCCUACACCCACAGAAAUCAGUGCCAUUAAUAAAGGUCUCGCGGACCCAAAACCCGUUUGCUACGUCUCCAAAUUCAGCUAGUUUCGUGGAUUAAUAAAAAUUAUAUGUAGACAAUCCAAAGAGCGCAUACAACAAGUCAGUCUUCGAUCUGUCUCGAGACUAACUUGACUCCCAAAAAGCCGAAACCGAGACCGUAGAAACCCGACCCCACUGACAGAUUCUACGGCUAUAAAGCCCGUCCAGCAAAAUGCCGCGUUCGCAUUUCACUCGAAGGCAUUGUCUAGCGAUGACGGGCGGAUUAAUUGCAUCGGCGGUUCUAAUCUGGUGCGUCGCUCACUCGGCGGUCGAAUCCUCGGCCAAGCUGUACGAUCCCGGCGCUGAUAAGUCCACGCUCGAGCUGCUGCAUGUGGUAUUCCGACAUGGACCACGGACGCCGGCGGAUACGUAUCCAAGGGAUCCCUAUGUAAAUGAGACCUACUAUCCCUUUGGCUGGGGACAAAUAACAAAUAAUGGCAAACGCGAGCUGUUCAACAUUGGUACUUGGCUGCGUAAGCGUUAUGGCAAAUUUCUGGCGCCCAACUACAGUCCUGAUUCGGUGCACGCUCAGGCGACGGGUGUUCCGCGGACUCACAUGACGAUGCAGACCGUACUGGCCGCCUUCUUCCCGCCAAAAGGCACCGACAUGGAGUGGAAUAGCCGGUUUAAUUGGCAGCCCAUACCUGUCUUCUCCCAGGAACUCAAUGAGGAUACGUUGCUCUUGGUACGAAAACCGUGUCCGAGAUAUUUCGAAGCUCUCAAUGAGGUGUACGAGUUACCAGAGGUAAAAGCUGAAAUCGAGCCCUAUCUGGAAAUGUACAAAGAGCUGGAAGCACACACGGGCCUGAGCUUCAAGGAGCCCGAGGAUGUCCAAUCCCUGUACUUGACUCUGCUCGCUGAACAGGAAUGGGGUCUAGAAUUGCCUGAAUGGACGCAUUCCUAUUUCCCGGAGAAAAUGCAAUUCCUAGCCGAACAGAGUUAUGUCUACAACGUGUACACACCCGAGAUGCAGAAGAUCAAGGGCGGUCCGUUCCUCAAGAAAAUGUUCGAUGAAAUGCAGCAGAAGAAGAACGGAACCCUGAAGCCCAGUAGCAGGAAACUAUUCAUAUAUGCGGGACACGAUUCGACAGUGGUGAACGUUCUUGCUGCCCUGAAGAUUUGGGAACGCCAGAUGCCACGCUACUCCUCGAUGGUUUUGUUCGAACUUCAUAAGAACAAGGAAACCGGCGAUUACUGGGUGGAAAUUUACUUCCGUAAUGAUCCCAAGGAGCAGGCUCAAAAGCUCACACUUCCCGGCUGUGAGUUCCAGUGCCCCUUGGAUAGGGUACUGGAUUUCGCUAAGGACGUAAUUCCCACAGAAGCCGAUAGCAAUCGUUGCGAAUCUCGGAAUCAAGGCUUCACAGAACCACCUCUCCGGGGGCCAUAAGUACCAGAAUCUGGUGGAUAUAGAAAAAUCUUAAAGGUGCUACAAAACUCAGGGAGUGGGACUCUCAAAAGUCCACUAAUAGCCGUCAUUUUCUAGUUAAGUCAGUCGUUUAGAUUUAGGCGGAAUAAAAAUACGUUUACAUAUUUUAAUCUAA